AUGCACGGUCCCGGUGCAAGCGUUAGUGCAUUGGAAAUGGGAACGUCCUAUUCCAUCGCCCACGAAGCUAGAAGAAGAUCUUCUGGAUCAGUGUCGGAAGACGGAAACUGCUUUUUUGUUUCAAGCUUAACUUACUUCGAUGAUAUGGUUUGGACAGGAACUUCAGAUGGAUACGUUAUACUAUACUCCGUCGGUAGAAAUGCGAAAAGAAAUGCUCCAAAGUACAGUCUGAAAAAGUAUCCAACUGGAUGCCGACUGUCACCUGAGGGAGCUUGCGGUGUAGUUAAUCGAUCUCAAAUGUGCUACAUUCCAACGGACGAAGAAGCCAGGGGAGAAGAAAUAAUGUCUUUAGCCGAAGGAGUUCGAAGACCAAGUCGUGUUUCAAUAAGCAUAGAUGUUGGUACGCAGCAGUAUAUUGUUUGCCGCAAAUCGUUAGAACGCAAGGAAGAAGGCAGUCAUGAGUGCGACGGGUUGGAUAUUUGUAGCGGCCACGAUGGAUGUCUGAAAAGAAGGAAAGACGCAUUAAUAGGGAAGAUUCCGGAAAGGCCACCCUUGAGUCUGCAGCGUUUUUCCAGCUGUUCGUCGAGAGAUCACUGUGCACCUAGUUACGAUCAUAAUGCUUUCAGUAUUAAUUCUGACACUUCUGCUUUCACGAUAGAAUCUACGGGAUCGAGGAAAAAGUUAAGCAGACGAAUCAGAGAGACGAAGAGGAUAAAUCCAGCAAGGUCGCCAAUAGCGUCCAGCAGUAAUGUAUCCAUGGAAUAUGACGACUUAUUUGAAAUGUAUUCCGAUGAAGAUUAUAAUCAAGUUUACGUGCAGAAUCCGAUCACUGCUAUCUCAACAACAACUAAGUUAGGCAUGUGGAGUGAAUGCAGUUGCUCCUGUGUCAAUCCUCUUCGACGUAAAGACCUCGAAUUUGAUGAUCCCGUUGUGUUGGCAAUUCCAGAAUCACUGAAGGAAAAACAUAAAAUAGCAUCGCCAUCGUCUGAUCGGAAUGACUCGAUUCUGCAUGAAGAAUUCCAAGAAGUAAAUUCGAGCUUCGGGCUCACUGUUGUUAUGAAACUGAAGAUUGCUGAUAAGCCUGUUAAGAAAAUGGCAACCACAAGGAUUGGAGAUGACGACAUGCUGUUGACUUGUGCAGGAAGUUUUUCGGAGGAGGAGUCUCUAUUGCUGUGGCGAAAAGAGCCAAUAUCAGGCCUUUGGAUAAACGACCCGAUUCCACCUUUGCCUGUGCGCGAUCAAACGUAA